AUGGCUUCACGAUUUCCGCGACAACGUGAUCCCCGCGCCUCUCUCUUCGAUCAAUACGGUGGCGACUCCCGCCAGCCCAGCAGAUCCCCAGCUCCAACAGGCGGGUAUGGAUAUGGAGGCUAUUCCAGUCCAGCGCCUAAUGGCUUUUCAAACAACGGUGCAGCUGGGAGAGGAUACCAGAAUGCAUCGCCCAAUAAGAAAGGACAUUACUCUGACGCAGUACUCUCAUCACUCGAAUCACAAAACGAUACCGAAGUCGAAGGCAUCAGCGCCAAGGUCAAGAUGCUGAAGGAUUCUAACCCGAUGGUUCAGAUCACACUUGCAAUUGGCGAUGAAAUCCGCGACACCACACAUAUGGACGACCUGAACAGCUCAUUUGAAAACACCCGAGUCCGUAUCCGAGGAAACAUGAACCGCAUGCUUCGCAUGGCCGAGAGCACCGGCGUCGGCUGGCGAGUAUGGCUCGGAUUCUUCUGCGCCGUCUUCCUCAUCUUCUUCUAUGUGUGGAUCUUCUGA